CCGAUUGUAUUUUAGAUUGCUAAUUGCUUUUCGUUUUUUUUUUUUGAGAAAACAUAACUUUUAAUUCCUAUAUUUUGCUUGUGUUUUGUUAUACAUCUCUACAUUUUUUUCGGUGUUUUAAGUCCCUAUAAUUUUAUUUUUUUGGUAUUGUAAGUCCCUCAAAGGUCUCUACAUUUUGUUCAUUUAGGGACCUAGAACAUUAAAAAAUAAAAGCAUAGAAACCUAAAACACUAGAAAAAAAGUACAAGGAUCUAUAUCAAACCACGAGUAAAGUACAUAAAUUAAAAGUUAUGUUUUCCCUUUUUUUUAUUCAUUAUUCUUUAUUUUUAGGCUAUACGAUGACAUGGCCCUAGUUUGUUGUAACAACCUUUAUAUAAAUCAUUAUGAAAUCAUUACCUUAUACAUUGCAAGAGUGAACGUGUAUACUCUGAGAACUCUGUCUUGGUAUUAAAGCAUACAACUUCAUGGCAAUUUUCCCAAUCCUUUCUACCUCCAACUUCCCUUUCUUCACCUUUAACACAUCUCCAUUGCUUUACACCACCAUUGCCUUUGUUUUUGUCAUCCACCACAACUCCAUCUUCCCAUACCUUUGUUGCUACUGUCUCACCUUUUUCCUUGAACACUAUACCCAAUAUUGGCGCUACUACUGUCGUACAGACUAAGGCCAUUCCAAUACUUAAUAGCCUGAAUUAGGUCAGACCUAUCAAGUUGGACAAAUCCAACUAUAUGCUUCGGUAUAACUUUGUCUUGUUGGUGUUAAGAGGUCAUCAACUUGAAGGUUUUGUUAUCGAGAUAAAGCCUUUUUACCAAAGUUUAUUCUAGAUGGUGCUAAUGUUGUGGUGCAUCCUGAGUUUAAAGAUUGGUACUCUAUUAAUUGACUUAUAUAUGGCUAGUUACUUGGUUCCCUUUCCUCAAAUAUUACUUCUCAAGUAUUACACUGUCACUUAGCCUCUUAGAUAUGAUGAGUUAUCACAGUUUUAACUUGUGCCAACACUAAGGCCAAACUUACUUGCAUGAAAAAUAAGUUUUAAGGAACUUGUAAAUGCUAUUUUAAUGGAGUUUUACCUUAGCAAAAUGACGGUCCUGUUAGAUAAUAUGGCUCUUGCAGGGUGUUUGAUUCCUCUCUUAGAUCUUAUCGUGCAAACCUUAACUAAACUUAAUGGAGAUUAUACUUUUAUAGUGGUGCAUCUUGCAGAUAAAGAGGGUCUGUCUUGGAUAGGCCUCCAAUCUUCCCUUCUCACUUUUGAGCAAUAUCUUGAACACCUCUACAGUGUUAAUAAUGAUCCAGCAUGGUACAUGGAUAGUGGAGCCUCAAACUCUGUAACCAAUCAAGCUAGUAAUAUUUCAGGCACCUUAGGAACUACCUCGAGCCAAAAAAGUGGAAAAGUGCCUAAGGCUUAGAACAUUGGUUCCCAAUCUAUAGGCCUCUAUUUGAUUCAUAAUGUGUAUUUUGAUUUGAUAAUUGCUAACUAGAGAAUCAUACUAUUUUGGCCUCCUUGUACUAUUACUUAAUUUGACUUAAGUGUGUAUUUUAGGCCCUGUGGUAUAUAACAUGUUACCAAGUUAAUAUAGGGCUGAAAUACUAGUACAAGUAAGGGAAUGUCUAAAUGCAUGGAUGUGAUGGUUUUUAUGUUGAU